CUGGGCCGUCUAUUGCUCUAGUGCUGACAUGGCCACACGUGUAUGGAGGACACAAUUACCUCUUCUGUGCAAUAGUCUUCCACGUAUGUUCCAAAUAAUGUUUAUUUUUAUUGUUUUGAGAGAAUCAACCCUGCUAGGCAUAUCUCCUGACUCUGAUCAGCCUCAGGAAAAUGUGAAUCUUGAUUACAACCUAAUGGAAUGGUCCAAUAAAACACAAGGCAAGACCUCCUCUGUAGGAUGUAUAACCCAAUAUCCUCACAACUUCCUUAAUAGAACCACCCAUGAAUAUGGACCGACGCUGAGUGUUGGGCAUAGUCUUUUCAUCCUUGGGUUUAUCGGGAUCUUGGUUGUGCUGAAAUCGCUUCUGACCAAAAUUACGAUGGUGGAGAACCGGCCAGAUGACAGUGAAUAUGCGAUGUCCAUGUGUGAAUUGCCCACCACGUACAAGAUUACCAUCCAAAGACGUGUGUCUGCGGUCUACACCAAAAGAGAUGUCACAGCCACGCCACCGAACUCGCCAUGCCUGGGUCAGACGCUGAGCAUGUCACUUAUAGGUUCUCCAGUUUCUUGUAGUGGAAACCAGUGUUAUGGACUGUCCAAGCAUGACAGAGAGCGGCUAUACUAUGGGGCUCGGUGCCUCUUCUCCAGUCCGGACGGAAGCGCAAAGUCCCUCGUGUGAUUAUUCACGUUUGUCACGGGAUGUUACUACACACGGAUGAGAGACACAAUUGGUAUUGCCACAAAUGUUUGUACUAGAUCAUAACCACAAAAAUCUUUAGUUCAUGGAAGUUCUUCACUAUAUCCUAAACUGAUUGUAAUUCAAAACACGCAUAUUCACAGUCAACCACGGUACAAAUAUUUCCGGUGUUUCAAAAGGGUAAAAACAUUAGGGAAUUGGGCACAGUAGACAUUUUAUUUUUUUUAUUGUUU